AUGGUCAGCGACACUGGCUUGAAGAUAACGAGGCGUGCCUCUACAGCGAGGAUGCCUUCUGGAGGGUAUCUCUUCGCUGUGGUGAAGGACAAGGUGCAGGAGUACAUCACCAGUGACAAUGGGCGCUACAGCAGACGCAUCAUCAGCUUGGGUAAGGGGGACACGCCGCUACCACUCCCUCCAGUACUCGCAGACUCCAUGGCUGAAUUCUCUAGGAACAUGCAAACACCUGCUGGAUUCGUGGGCUACGACUCGCAGUAUGAGCCAAUUCUACGGCAGCUGAUCUCGGAUAAGUAUUAUGGCAGUCGAUGCCGCGUUGGGGUCCACGAGAUAUUCUGUAACGAUGGUAGCAAGCCGGACAUAGGUCGGCUCCAGCUACUCUUCGACCCAUCCAUGAGGGUCGCAGUGCAAGACCCGGCGUAUCCAGUGUAUGCGGACUCUGCGGUGCUCUCUGGAAGGGUCUCUGGUGAGAUGGAGAGUCAGGGUCAUUAUAAGGACAUAGUGUACAUGCCCUGUACUGUGGAAAACGACUUCUUCCCGGACUUGACUUUGACCUUGGGUGCCGAUGGUCAUGCUG